GGUUGUACAUUGCACGUGAGGGAUUGUACAUUUCACGUUGAGGGUUGUUCAUUUCACGUGAGGGACUGUACAUCGCACGUUGAGGGUUGUUCAUUUCACUUGGAUAUUUCUUACUGGAAAGCGUUUAGCAGAUAAAGCGAUUGUGUGAGGAUACACCUUCGCCUGAACGUCACCGUCUAACGCUCGUCCCCCGUGCAGCAUGGAGCGUCUGUAAGCGGAGCACUUUCCUCUCAACGCCCGACCCACCAUGGGCACCGGUGACACUGUCACUUUGACCCUCAAGGGGGGAGCACCCUGGGGGUUUCGACUCCAGGGUGGGGGACCACACCCCCUUCAAGUUUCUAAGAUCCGGAAGAGGAGUCAAGCGCAUGCGCAGGGCAUGCAAGAAGGAGAUACAGUUGUCAGCAUCAAUGGCAUCCCAUUGAAAGGUCGCAGUCAUGACGAGGCAAUGCGAUACGUCGAUUUGUCAGGGGACGUUCUUGCCAUUGAAGUAUUCAGGGGCAAUAUGCCCAGCGUCCACACCGUGGCAGGGUCCUACGCUCCAGUCAUCAACGGUCACUCGUCGGUUAAGCAAGAUGGCGACCGGGUGACGUCAACUACGUCUGCUUCAUACGAUGACGGCGUGAAGAAAGGGUCGAUGCAAACACAGUCCUUUGUAGAGAAGGGCAAUGGGCGGGAGACUCGCGGAUUUGUCCACUCAGAACACAUGUCUUCCGUAGUCCACGAUGAGUGGGCACCCACUCAGGCCCCCCUCCCAUCUCUGCUGGAUACCAGUCUGUCCAAGCAGCCAUACUCCUCCCAGCCAGUCCAGGUCCAGGUGUCCGCCAUGUUCAGUGGGCCCAAAGACGAUACAAAGAUAGGCAAUGCUUCUCCUAAAGGAUACUCCAGUCAGCAGCCCACCGCCAAUGUGCCAAUGUUCAAUGUUCGUAAAGUAACUUCAUCGUCAACGACAACGAAUACAAGCAUGUCCACACGUCAAGAGUCGUGGCAGCCUGGCGAUUCCUUUGGAGGUCAGGAACAAGUGCAGAUCGGCAAGCCCGAGGACAAGAAGUACCCGACCUUCCCUCUGCCUGAGGUCAAUCAAACAUGGAAGCCAACCAAGGCAGCACCUCCUCCUCCGCCACCCAAGCCGGUGGUGAGGGAGUUGGGCAUCACAAGAGUCCGGGACAUCAAGACGGAGAUGUUGUCGCCGAGGUCGUACGACGACGUUGAGGAUGAGGGAAGCAUAAUAUCGUCACGAGAUGGAAGUAUCUCGUCCUCCAAACACCACCACAGGCUCCCGGUGUUUGCCCCACCCGUCCAGAUCAGCCUUCACGCGGGGGAGAGGGAAGACCUCUCUGGGAGGCCGCAUGACCUUGACCUUGUCCGGACUAUGAGUAUCGAGAGCGAGAUUUCCAGCCCUUCAUCUUCGCUUGGUAACAAGAAGCUCUUUGGGGAUUCGGCCUUCUACGAUGAUCCCGAGAAGAAUUUCCCGACCAUUCAGGAUCAGAUGAAAUUGUGCAAGAUUAUUGCACAUUCCCUUACGUCUGCUGCCAAUAAGAAAGCCCGCGGUGCCAAGAUGUUUGCCAAACGUCAAAAGAGGUCAAUGAAGUGGAUUCAUGACGGUAAACUUGUCACUCUCAAUCCUCUCGACGACAUCCCCGGAUACAACCCCAACUACUACGACGAGGAAGAGGAUCAAAGGCUGCACUUCAAGAUCCCUAGCCUCAAGAACCGGGUGUCGAGUCCUGAGACCGAGACGAAAAUGAGUUUAACCCAAGAGGAGUUUGAGAGACUGAGACUGGACUCGCAGAGAUGCGAACAUCAAGGCGUAUCUCCAAAUCAAUGCUUUGACAUCGCUCAGAGUCUCAAGAACAGUAAGGGAAAAGCUGGAAAGCUGUUUGAAAAGAGGAGACAACGAGCGGAGAAAUAUGUUGUCGACGAAACAAAUGCACAAAAGUCCCCUGUGAAACCAGCUAAGCUGGGAGGGUUGACAAAACCUCUGAAGGGACCACUCUCCCCAUGGGAUGCCGCCCUCGUAAACCCCUGCGGAAGUGUUGAAAAGGCUUUUGAAGACCUCACAGAGUUUGAACGCAAACAGAAAUUAAAUCAAAUGCUGAAGCUUAAGCAGUCUGCACCCCCUGCCCCUUCCCCCGCGCCACGCCCUGCCACACCCCCACUGGUCCUACCCUCUAACCUCAAACAUGCCAGUCUCCGAGCCGACCCGUCACAACUCCUUCAGGGGAAGAACUUCAACAGAAAAGCGAGAGGAUGGACUGGAUUCAACGAACCAUCUGUCAGUUACACCCCACCGAUCUCUGGAUCGUCAUCCCCCGUGCCAUCACACCCAACGCCUCAGCAGCAACAAAUGGCUAGGCCCCCCUUCCGGGACUACAACAACUCACCCAAAGCAUGGCGCACGUCGGGGGAGUUCGAGCCCCAGUAUCCGGGCCACUCCUCGCCCUACGCUAGUGACUCAUCUAACAUUAUGUCCCCAUCGGGCUACCGUAACCCAGGUUUUGGUCAGCCAGCCUCUGACCUGCCUGGAACGGACUUGUGAUAUGUUCAUGUGUGAAUGUUUGGAGGUUCCACGUUUGGUAGUACUUGGCCGGGAUUAUUGAGAAAUGUCUCCUUCACGAUUUCGUUGGAACCGUCGUGGUUCAGUCAACUCUACUCUCAAGUGCAAUGUGACCUCAUACAGUGGGUGGCUCGGAAUGACGACCUCCCUGUAUGAAAACCCCUUGUAUUACACCCAGACCAUCAUUGCUCCCAAUUUGUGUGGAAUACUGUAGCAACUAGUCUCACCAUUUACGUUUAAGUUUUACAGAGUGAGAGAGAAGUGCGUAACUUGUUUGAUGUGCAAAGGAUUAUAUGAUACCAUAUACACGUGUGUUCUUCGCAAGUCAUCUUUCCUAUAAUCAAAAUACGACCUUCACCUAUUCCCGACCUUCAACUUGGGACAGAGUAUUGAGUGCGUUUUAUCUUUAUUGGUUGCCAUAGUAACCACAGCUAUGGCGCUGAGCCGAGUAGCAAAAACCAUCAGUGCGAUGGUGGUAGGCUGGAAUGAUGUCCUCUCGCCACAAGGAUCGUAUUACCAUGCGAGUGCCAGAACUCUCCAAGACGAGAAAAUCGGGAUUUGCUUUUCACUGCCACAGAGUUGUUUUCUAGAUAUUCCUUGAUUUGUGGAGAAGUCUUGUUCUGAGGUAGUGAGUCAGUGAUUUAGUUGACCCAAGGAGAGUCGCUGUGGAACGAACUCACCUCUUGUAAAGUGUGGGCGAGACGGAUUGAUGCCGGGACUAUAUAUGGCCGUAACCUUCCGCCAACAGUCGCGUAGGGAUAUGUUACGCGGCGCUGAUACAGUACGGAACAAAAAUAACAUCCUCAGCAAUCGUUGUUUGAUAGCCAGGGUUUCUGUUGAUUCGAAGCAGUAGGAAAACAAAUUCCUGUGAAAAGAAUGAGAUGAAUUUAUAUUUCCGACAGGAUCCAAGAUAGAAAGACGUUUGGCAUUAGGCAGAAUUGCAGGGGAACACGUUGUGUCUUCCAAACUUUCCGUCUGUGUAGAGCAGGGUCGGGCCAUGGGGCGGUAUGAAAAGUCCUAAAGGUCACGGGUUAACUACACGUCCCUCGUCACGACGUGUUUCAGAUAUUAAGGUAUAUCUGCUUAAUCGUAACUUUCAAAGCAUGUUUGUUGCAUAAUUUAUCACUUUUAUAUACGUUUGCGUUUUGAUCAGAACUACGCUUAGAAUUAAUUCUCUAACUGAGCUUAUUUUGUUCGCUUGUAACGGAGAAAACGUCAGGCUUUUAUAAUGAUUUUCAACCAAGGUGUGAUCGUAGUUUGGCCGUUGAGCAAUUACUGUACAAGUGCGACAAACAAUUAAGGUACGUCCUCUACCGGGAACAACAAACAAGGGAGACCACUCUUGUGCUAAGAAAGACUUUUCGUUCUUUCGCUCGUUCAUGAAAGAGGACAGGUUUUAAAAGCGUGUGGUACGUACUUCCAAUUAACACCGAGUCUUCAGCAGGGAUGCUGAAGAGGGUUUGUGCAUACAUUACCUUGUGGAGUGUUUUAGAAGAAUAUUUUUACCUUUGUAUAUAUCCUUAUUUGUGCACAAACCCAUAGAAACCUGCGUAGUGACAAGCCUACAGCUAUUUUUUAUUUCUUCUUUACAGAGACAAGGUUGUGUUUGAGAGUUAUCUUCCCCAUCCCCAGGGGUCGCUCGCCACCCUGCGUGAUAUCAAAGUUAAUGUAAAUAUGUUAGAAAUGGCAAUAUGAGUAUUAUCCUGUUGAACUACUCCUUUAAAGAUUUCGUUUUGAAAUCCCAAAGUUUUACAAAAUGUAAAUAAACGAAACAAAAAUGAAA